AUAAGUGUGUGUGUGUACAUGUGUACUAAAUGUGUACGUUUGUAGGAGACAUGGAACAGACAUCUGAUUCUGACCUGAAUUCAUCAUCUUGGCUCCACCCCCUUGUGAAUGCCUCCUCCCAGCCUCCAAUCAGACAGCCAUAUCUGUACAGCUCUGCUCAGCUGAUCCUUGUUGCUAUGGUAACAGGUUCCCUGAGCAUUUUCACUAUCCUUGGCAACGCCCUUGUCAUCCUGUCCAUCAAAGUUAACCGUCACCUGCAGACGGUGAACAAUUACUUUCUGCUAAGCCUGGCGGCAGCCGACCUGUUCCUUGGUGCUUUGUCCAUGAACGUGUACACGCUGUACCAGCUUCGGGGCCGCUGGCCCCUGGGGGCUGCCCUCUGUGAUCUGUGGCUUGUCCUGGACUAUGUGGUGAGCAGUGCCUCUGUCUUGAACCUGAUGCUCAUCAGCCUGGACCGCUACCUCUGCCUGACCCGACCACUCAGGUACCCUGCAUGGCGGUCGGGCCGUGUGGCGGGUGUGAUGAUUAGUGGCGCCUGGCUAAUGUCCUUUGCAUUGUGGACCCCAGCCAUCCUGUGCUGGCAGAGGGAUGGUGGUAGACGAGCAAUCCCUGAUGAAGUUUGUUACAUCCAGCUGCUGGCAAGUCCAGCCAUCAAUCUGGGAACCGCGCUGCUGUCCUUCUACCUGCCAGCGCUCAUCAUGGUGGGACUGUACAGUCGCCUUUCGGCAGCCAGCCGCUGCAGGCUGAGGGCACUCCAAGCAGAACAGAACACGAUCAGGACCUCCAGUUCCUCCAUCAAAGGCUUCCUCCUGAGGCGGUGCAGUUGGGCAUCCAGCGACCAAGGCUCAGACCUGUCCCUGCACCACCCCAAAUCCAAGAUUGAUAACGACUCUUCAUCCAACACCGACCUCCACGGUUCAGCCUCAGAGGUGGUUUCCUGUUCCAGCUUCAGGUCUGAGGAGAGGAGGAGGCGGCGUGUCAUGGCGAGGGAGAGGAGGGUCACCAACACCAUCUUGGGCAUCAUGCUGGCCUUCAUUCUCACCUGGGCACCAUACAAUGUCAUGGCCGUUGUGGCUGCCUGGCACAUUCACAUCCCCAACACCAUAUGGGCCACAGGUUACUGGCUGACCUACAUAAACAGCACCAUCAACCCAUGCUGCUAUGCACUCUGCAAUGUCACCUUCAGGAAAACCUUCUGCAGCCUCCUGUUGUGCUGCUGCAGCAGAAGGCAGCGCUGAUGUUUAGUUAGUUUUCACACCAGCAGUCUGGUCUUCGUUCAUAUUAUCUUCAGAUCUGGUCAUCAGCCCAAAUAUCAGUCAGCUACCCCUGAUCCUGAUGUCUGCAUUCCUGCAUCCCAGAAUGCAGCACAGA